AUGCCGUCUUUCACGAAAUUUGCUGCUGCGGCUCUUGCCGUGGCUGUUCCUCUCGUUUCAGCUCAAACUUACUCUGACUGCAACCCCAUGGAGAAAACAUGCCCUCCGAAUAAGGGUUCCACCCAGUCCAGCCUGCACUUCGACUUCACCCAGGCUAGUGGUCUUGACCAGUGGAAGAUCAGUGGUGGCAAUGUUCCCACCGGCUCUAAUGGUGCCGAGUUCACUAUCAACAAGGAGGGAGAUGCUCCUACCCUCGUCAGCGACUUUUACUUCUUCUACGGUGAACUGUCCCUUGAGAUGAAGACUUCUCCUGGCCAAGGCAUUGUCAGCUCUGCCUUUUUGCAAUCUGAUUCCAAGGAUGAGGUUGACUGGGAAGCACUGGGUACAAGGACUGAUACCAUUGAGACCAACUACUUCGGAAAGGGCGAUACUUCGACCUGGGACCGGGAGACUUGGGUCCCCGUCGCCACCCCUCAUGAGACUUUCCACACCUACACCAUCCAGUGGAGCAAGGACACCAUUAACUGGUUGAUUGAUGGCGCCAAUAUCCGCACUCUCAACUACAAUGAUGCCCAGGGUGGCGCUCGCUUCCCCCAGACUCCUAUGAACAUCCACCUCGGUAUCUGGGCCGGUGGUGCUCCUACCAACCCGGAGGGUACCAUCACAUGGGCUGGUGGUCUGACCGACUACUCUCAGGGCCCUUACUCUAUGUACAUCAAGAGCGUCACUGUGAAGAACGCUAACCCCGCCGAGUCCUACACUUGGACCGACAAGUCUGGCUCCGCCGAGAGCAUCAAGUUCACCGGAUCCAACGCCGUGAGCUCGCGCAGCACCACCACCGAAGCUGCCACCACCUCUUCCGAGGCUGCCACUUCCACUAAGUCUGUUUCCACCACCGAGAGCACUUCUAGCGCCGCCACCACUCUGGCUACCAAGACCUCCAGCUCCUCUUCUGCCGAGUCCACUGCCGAGUCCACUGCUGCUUCCAGCUCCGGUGCUGGCAGUGCCUCCAGCUCUGGUGCCUCCUCCAGCGGCUCUAGCACCACUGGCUCUAGCUCCGGCCCUAGCCCUAGCUCUAGCUCUGGAUCUGGAUCUGGCUCUAGCUCCGCCUCCAGCUCCAGCCCCAGUUCCGGCUCCCCCUCUAGCUCUGGCUCGUCCACCAGUGCCAGCGCGAGCGCCAGCCCUACUUUCAAUGCAGCUGCCUCUGUUGCUGCUAGCUACUUGGGACCUGUCUCGCUCUUGGGUCUGGUCACUGCCCUGCUCCAGCUUUGA